ACGCGCUCUCGGUCCUCUGCGGAGAGCGGGGAUACUUUCCAGCGACACAUGCAUCAUUCCUGACUGUUGUUUUUGUUGGCAGAAAACAGGAAUGAGUCAGUGCCAAGAGUCAGGUCAAGGUGCGGAGCAGGAGGAGGAGGUGACUGACGUGGUGUGUCAGGAGGCUGACCUGAAAGAUGGACAGAUGAAGGAAGUAACUGUGGGGGAACAGAAGGUGUUGCUUGUCCGCACUCGGGGUCAAUACAGUGCUGUUGGAAGCCAGUGCUCUCAUUACAAUGCUCCUCUUGCCAAAGGGGCAUUGGUUGGCGACAGAGUGAGAUGUCCGUUUCAUGGUGCUUGCUUUAAUGUCAGAACUGGAGAUAUCGAAGAGUAUCCAGGUCUGGACUCUCUGCCUUGUUAUAAGGUAAAAGUUGAGGAUGGCAAGGUGUAUGUUUCCAUCAACAAAAAAUCUCUGAAAUUGAUGAAGCGGGUGAAGACGAUGUGCAGCAUAGUGCCAGAAAUUAAACACACCAUCCUGCUGAUAGGAGGAGGCCCUGCCUCUCUGGUUUGUGCUGAAAUACUGCGGCAGAACUGCUACCAAGGUCGAAUCGUCAUGGUAACCAAAGACAACCUGCCUCCAUUUGACAAGCCCAAACUGAGUAAGGCUUUGAAUGUAGACAGCAGCAGCAUCCUCCUCCGGAGCGGUGACUUCUAUCAGCAGUAUGGGAUUGAGGUGUGGACACAGAAAGAGGUGGUGUCAGUGAACCCAGCUGAUAAGGCGGUGAAGCUGAGUGACGGCACUUUGCAGCAUUACGAUCAGCUUCUCAUCUCGACUGGCUGUAGAGCGCGACCGCUCGACUGUCCUGGAUCUGACCUGAAGGGAGUAACAUUGCUGCAAAGAUAUGAAGAUGCCAAAGAGAUUCACAACUCCUGUCUGGGCCAGAAAGCCGUUGUGAUCGGAGCCUCCUUCAUAGGUAUGGAGGUGGCCUCUUACUUAUCAGACAAAGCUGCCAGCGUGACCGUGGUUGGCACUUCAGGAUACCCGUAUGAGCGAUCUCUGGGACCAGAGAUUGGUAAAAUGACCAUGCAAAUGUUGGAAGAACAAAAUGUAAAGUUCUACAUGAACGAUGGAGUCACUGAGAUCCAAGGGGAGAACGGCAAGGUGAAGGCGGUGGUGCUGAAGAGCGGCAAAGUCCUGGAGGCUGAUGUGGUGAUUGCGGGAAUUGGUGUAAUCCCCAAUUCCGACUUUUUGUCAGGAAGCAAUGUAGAAGUGGAUUCAAGGAAAGCUGUGAUUGUUGACAAGUUCAUGAGGACCAAUAUACCAGAUAUUUUUAGCGCUGGAGAUGUGACCUCUUUUCCUCUGACCAUUCGUGGAGACCAAAGGGUCAACAUCGGUCACUGGCAAAUGUCACUGGCUCAAGGAAGAGUAGCUGCCUUAAACAUGCUGAACAAACCAACCAAAUGUGAGUCUGUUCCUUUUUUCUGGACUGUGUUACUUGGGAAGAGUAUCCGAUACACAGGCUAUGGAGAAGGAUUCACAGAAAUCAUAUUCAAAGGCAAAGUGGAAGAAAGGAAGUUCCUGGCUUUUUACAUAAAAGAUGGGGCGGUGGUAGCUGCGGCCAGCCUGAUGUUCGACCCUGCUGUGGCUCGUAUUGCAGAACUGAUGGCUACUGGUCAGGUCUUAAAAAAAGCACAAGCUCAGGCUGAUGACUUGAGCUGGCUGCAGAUGUAGCCAGAGAGCUGCUGUAUCUCUCCAGGAAUCAGUGCCAAAUCAGAUUGCUCUGUUUAUGGCCUCAGGGCGUCUGAAAGCCAAUCAGACCUCUGCUCUUACACAAAGCAUUGUAACCAUGGCAGCAAGCAGAGGUCUUUGAACUUUGAGCAGAUUUAAUAAAUCUGAUCUCUGUGUAACGACCGUAAGACAGCAGUUUCACCUGUAUUCAUUCCAAGUUUUAACUACAGCUGUACUAAAAGUGGGUCGUCUAAAUGGUCACAGUGUGCCGUAAAUAUUAACUUCACAACAUUAACAUUUCUUUGAACUUGAAAUUAUAUUACAUAAACAUUCCAACUCUUAAGUAUUUUUUCAGUGUAAUCACAGUUAUGUAAUAAUAGUAAUUUUAUCCACUUAAAAACAUUCUGAAAACAGCAC